UUCGCGUGGCACUUGCCGUUGCAACCUCACCAAUAACUGCACCCUGUACUAUCGGUUAUCGGACAAAGACAUAAUGAAAGUGCUGUACAUUUUUUUGUUCUGUGUUGUCUGUGCUCAAGCUAAAGUGACGCCGGACUACUUCCCAUCAUGCAAAAGGAGCGACCCUCAGAUAGAGAAGUGCGUCCUGAACGGGCUAGAAGCUAUGAGGCCGCACCUCAAAGAAGGUAUACCUGAGGUGAACAUCCCCGCACUGGAUCCCUUCACCGUGCCAACGCUGAAGCUCGACAGAACUGCUCCCAAUUUGAGGAUAAAGGCCACUGUGAAGCAGGCGAAGGCCUACGGUGGCAGCGACUUCAAGAUUGAAAAGCUCAAGUUGAACCUUAACAACAAAUACGCGGGCGAGAUGAAGAUCACGCUACCGAAGCUGAUGGUGGUGGCCAACUAUGACGUGCGCGGCUCCCGCCUGCUGGCUCUUGAUAUCAACGGCAAGGGACGCAUCCGAGGAAACUUCACUGGCAUCACAGUGGUAGCGAAGGGUUUCGCUAAGCCUAUCAACAAGGAGAACGUGGAAUACCUGCAGGUGGACAAGCUGGUCUCCAAGGUCAGGAUUAACCACGCACAGAUCGCCAUUGAUGAGACUGAGAGACCCGUUGCAGCGGCAUCAGCAGCCUCAUUCUUCAACGCGAGCCCCAACGUUGUCUUAGACAUCUUGAACCCCCUCAUCGAGGAGACCACAGCUGCCGUCAUCAAGGCGUUCGUCAACAAGGUGCUGGGCAGCAUACCUAUCUCGGAGGUGUUGACUGAUGAUGUACCGGUGGCUUAGAGAUAAGUUUGUACUGUAGGACUUAUGUAGUGAUUGGCUGAAGGGUUGUGUUAAAGUAUUAUGAAAUUGUCAAUGUAUAUAGAUGUCCUUACUACUUUUUCUACGAGAUUUUAAUUCUUAACUUAAAAAGUUACUGGAUGGAAUUCGACAGUGGUAACCAUUGUAUUAAUAAGUAUUAUUGAAAGUAUCUGAACUGUUGAGUGAUAAUGGUUAUUUGCUAGGUAUGGUUAUUUGCUAGAUUUUACUUAGAAUACAAGUUUCCAUCCACAAUAUAGGCAAUCUAAAAUUUCCCUAACAGGGUAAGGCUGAAUCUGGAAUCGAAUAAUUGAUGAUAGGCCUUGUUUUAUCACGGCUUACUUAUUUUAAAAAAUACCUGUGAAAAAAAAGUAUCUGCCUAUGUAGUAGUUUGUAACUUAAAAAAGCAAGUUAUGCAACCCUUCUCACAUAAUAUUAAGUUAGUUAAGUAACUGUAGGUAGAAUAUUUAUUGAUUACAAAUAUAUAUUGUCAACUUGUCAAG